UCUGUGCGCCUCGCGCGUGGCGCAAAGCCGCGCCCAGCAGCAGCAUUAGCAGCAAACCCUCGCCGCCCCUCCGGGUCUCGGCUUUCCCCCCUUUUUGCUGCGGAGCUGCUGAGGAGCUGAGCGCACCCUGGCUGCAUGCAGCAGCGGCAGUAGCAGCGGUGGCGGCGGCGGCACCACCUCCUCCUCCAUCCUUCCCCCUCCAGGGGAUGGGGCGGGAAUGAUGGAUGAAGGCGUAAGCUGGCCGAGCACCGCUGCCCGCCCCGGUCUGGACGCGCCCUCCACCUUCUUCCCUGCAGGGCUUCCUCCUCCUGGGGCUAAGGAAUCACCUGACCGGCCGGAAGACCGGCCGGGGGCCCCCCAAUUAAAGUGCAUCCGCGGCGCAGACGGGAGGAGGAGGUGGUGGAGGAGGAGGUGGCGCCGCCGGCGGCGGUGCCGAUUGCAUCCCCUACGCCGGCAGCUGGAGUCGGGGCCGGGCGGCCGCCUGCAAAAUGGGCAGCAGGAUUACUUUCUUCGAGGUUGAAAUCCUUGAUUGGAAGACAAAGCAACAAUUAUGCUUUUUGGAAAAGGUUGAGCCAAAUGCUACAAUAAGUGAUAUCAGGCUAAUGUUCCAUAAAUUAUAUCCUCAGUGGUAUCCCUCAAGGCAGUCUAUAAGGCUUGAUCCCAAAGGAAAAUCACUGAGGGAUGAAGAAGCCCUUCAGCUGCUCCCUGUUGGCACAACCGCUACGCUCUAUUUUAAAGAUCUAGGGCCCCAAAUAGGAUGGACAAUGGUAUUCUUGAUAGAAUAUACGGGCCCAUUAUUCAUCUAUUUUGCGUUUUAUUUCCGUAUGCCUUUUAUCUAUGGCCUGGAUGACAGGUUUCCCUCGAGCCGGCACCCCGUAGUUAACUUGGCAUGUAUCUGCCAUUCUUUCCACUACAUCAAAAGGUUGAUUGAAACAAUAUUUGUUCAUCGGUUCUCCCAUGGGACUAUGCCACUGAGGAAUAUUGUUAAGAAUUGUUUCUAUUACUGGGGAUUUGCUGCCUGGCUUGCUUAUUAUAUCAACCAUCCUCUUUACACACCGCCCUCUUACGGACAAAAGCAGGUCAAUCUCGCUUUGAUCAUGUUCCUGACAUGUGAAGCUGGAAACUUUUCUAUCCAUGUUGCACUUAGUAAUUUGAGAAGAGAUGGUAAAAGAUCCAAGACCAGUAAGAUCCCUUAUCCGACGAAGAAUCCUUUCACAUGGCUGUUUUAUUUUGUGUCCUGCCCUAACUAUACUUAUGAGCUGGGGACAUGGAUUGGUUUUACUAUCAUGACUCAAUGCGUUCCAGUGGGACUCUUCACCUUUCUUUGUUUCAUUCAGAUGUCAGUCUGGGCAAAAGAUAAACACUCCACCUAUAUACGAGAGUUUAAGGAUUAUCCUAGUCUUAGAAUGUCUAUCAUUCCUUUCUUACUGUAAGAACAAGGUUGUUGGGUUUUUUAAAAAGUAAAUUAUCAGAAACAAAGUGGAUGAGGCUGCAUAGACACAACCACAGGCAAAGAAAAUAAGUUAGGGUAUGAAGAUAAUUUAGGCAAGGUUUCCCAGGAGCAUGCAGAAAAUACUAGCUAGUGUGGAAUUCCAUGGGCUCAAAAGCUACAUAGUGGGGUAGGAGAGCUGGGAGGGAGGAUUUCACAUCUGGCAACCAAUGCGCCCCUUUGGUUUCAGAUAGUACAUGGGUAGUACAUCUACCCUUCAGGUAAGACCAGUCACUAUUUACUAAGGUGGACAAUAAAGUCACUGGAUUGGGACGUACCACAGCUAUCCCCAAGUGGGUGGGACCCAACUGCAGAUGAGCUGAUCAAAGUACCCAAUGAAGAACUGUGUGACCAAAUGCUGCAUCAGCUGACGAUAAUUGGUCCAGCUUGUAAUGCCUGGCGAAGGUACUUGAGGAAGACCAAGUAGCUGCCUUACAAAUAUCAAGCAGCGGAGCAUUAGUGGCGAAGUGGAUGCUGACCUGGUUGAAUGAGAAAAUAGAUGUGUUGGCUGGGGCAGCUUGAGGGAUUCGUAAGCUAGGGUAAUGCAAGCCCGUAUCCAUCUGGCAAGGGUGGAACUUGAAACCCUCCUCCACAGAGAUGAAGGAUGGAAGGACACAAACAAGGAGUCCACUGUUCUAAUUUCUUGUGUUCAAUGAAUGUACAGCUUUAGUGCCCGAUGAACGCCUAAGGAAUGCCAGGCCUUUCCCAUAGGGUGCUUUGGAUUAGGACAGAAAGUUGGAAGAAUCGAUUCCUGUUGGACAUGGAAUCUCGAAAGUACUUUCGGGAUGAAGGUACAAUCUGCGCAGCAAUACUUAUGGAAGAUGCAGAGAUGUUUCACCUACCUCCCACAAUUCUUAGCUCCUUGGUAGCGUGGUGAGGGAAUUACCCAAUCCAGUGGCUUCAUCUUCCACCGUAGUAAAUACAUUACUUCUGGUAAAUGAGCCACCAUAGCUCAUUGUGUUCCGGGCUUUUUAGAUUCGUCUACCCAUGUACUAUAUGGAACCAAAGGGGCACAUUGGUUGCCAGAUGUGAAAUACAUUGGCAUUAUUUUCAGCAUUCCUACUCCGCUAACAUCUUCAUGUAUUUUUAAAAUUUGUGGGAUUCAGUAUUGGUUUUAUCUUCUCCCCCAAUCCCCAUGUUGUCAUCUUUAGCCAUGAAGGGUGUUCAGAGCUAACUCUUUGGCAAAGGUAUUAUCCACUGUUGCCGAAAGAAUAUGCUUUCUGUAAAAGUCUGGGCCAGGCCCUGUGGCAAAAAGGAAGCAUGAGAAUUGGGUGUGAAACAGUCUGGAAUUCCACAAACAGAUAUGUUUUGAGGGAGGGCAGUUCUGGAUGAUAUGUUUAUUGAGCGUUCAUCCUGAUUUGUUUCCAGGGAGGUUAGAUGAUGUUGCGUCAAAGCAAUUAUUAUUGUUUUCCCACUCUUUCUGGUGCGUUUCCCUUCACUUUCCUUAUUGCAAAAAAAGUCUGACUUUGGGAGAAAGUGGGGUUGUUGUGAAAGAGCUCCAAAUCCGCUCUAAUUGUGCAACCUGAUUUCCCCAGUAUGUGAUUGAAUCCCAACCUGAAAUAGCAACAGCCUGGAACUGCCCAAUCUCUGGACGAAUUGUGCUUCAAAGCUGAGGCAUGGAAAGCACUGUGGGCGGCUUCAAAUCAAGCAUUUGCUGUGGGAAAUACUUUUACAAUGUGAAUGAAAGUAGUACACCCACACACACAGAGAGAGAGCAUUGGGAAUGAGAACAACAUAGUUAAAGUGUUCAGAAUAAUCAUUUGAAACAGACUUGUUGGGAAUGAACCAUUUCAGACUGCAAGGUGAGAGUUGCCUAUUUGAAUGUUUCCAUUGCAAGAAACUCCCAGAUUUAUAUAAAACUUGAACUUGAAGGAAAAAGGGUUCUUGUGUGUCUCUUGCCCUAUUUAGCAUGCUCUUGUUGUCUUAAUGGAUGGCUGAUAGUUGUAUUUUGUAUUAGAUUUUAAUAUUUUGGGACUUGAUGCUAUGUUUUGGAUCAGCUGUUUUUUAUUUAUUAAUUGUGGUUAUUUUUGUAUUGGUUUUUAUUUAGUAAGUUGACUUGACAGGGUUUUAACCUUAAAAGUGGUCCAGAAAUAUUUAAAAUUAUUACAUUCAGGGUGUCCUGUUAAAGGGAAGAAGCAUUCAAACAUUCACCACCCUGCAGUCUGAAGUGAUGCAAUACCAACAAGGCUGUCAUGUGAUUAUUCUACUUGCAUCUCUCAUUCUUGGAAAACACUUCAUGCUAUACCCUGGUGCAUGCUUACUUGAGAGUAGGGAUAGCAAAUCAGUUAGUCUUGAUUCUCUAUUUCUCAUGAUUGUAGUCUUAAAUUCGGUCCUCCACAUUUAUGCAGCAUUUUGUGAAUUUUCUGUUAGAAAAUAUCCUCCUGAAAGUGCUUCAGCAUUUUAAUAUGAAUUUCUGCUAGAAAACCCCUUUUUGUAUGCCAUUUUGAAUAAUGCACACAUUUUUGCAAGCAA